AUGGAGAUAUUCCGAAAGGCAGCGAUUGUACGGCUCCGUAGCCACAACGAAAAAUUCCUAAUCGCCGAUGAAGACCAAGAAUCCGUUUAUCAAGACCGUCGUGGCACAACUAAAAACACCCGAUGGACUGUUGAGAUCGUUCCUGGAUCCAAUGUGAUUCGUCUUCAAAGCUGUUAUGGCAAAUACCUUACCGCCACUAAUAUUCAUUUCCUCCUUUGUGCCACCGGUAAAAAGGUACUUCAAACUUUACCGGGAAAGUUGGAUUCAUCGGCGGAGUGGGAACCCAUAUCGGACAAUGGUAUACAUGUACGGUUCAAGAGCCGGUACGGACAAUAUCUAAGGGCAAACAAAGGCGUGCCACCAUGGAGAAACUCUAUCACCCACGACAUUCCUAGCCGCACGGUCACGCAAGAUUGGAUCAUGUGGAGUGUUGACGUUCUCCAAAUUCGAGUUACCAAAUAUGAUGAUGCAGAAUCCACCCAUACUUCUUCCACAUUUUCACGGAUUGAGUCAGACGAUUCAAUUACGGUGAGUUUGCCACUAAAAUCCGAAGGAAGGCUAAUAUAUUACGGGAUUGGAGAUGAUGGUGGGAACAUAAACAAGGAAAUAGGAGAAAAAUCAAUGGUGUUCCAUGGAAGUGAGCUAACAGAACUAAAGAAGAAACUAGAGGAAGAAACAGAGAUGGAAGAUGUCAUGAUUUGCUGUAGAAACCCUUUGAACGAAAAGCUUUGUCCUCUUCAACUGCAUCUUCCUCCUAACAACGCAACAAUGCACAUCAUCGUCCUUCCUUCUUCUUUCGAGAUUGUUGACAAGUGAUAGUGAUAUUCCAAUUACAACCA